AUGCCUGGGCCCGAUUCGGAGCACUCACACUUGUCAAACAAACCAGGAAAUGCACCCGGGCAUGCGAUGAUUAAAUAUUUAAGAAAAGUAGUCAUUCAAAAUCCUGUUCAUUCAUUUUAUAGGUGUAACUCCAAAGAGCCAGACCUGCUGUCGUCCACCAAUGAUGCUCACACAGAUCUCAUUUUUCAGACAGCCGUGCCUCCUCAGCGUCCCGACAGUUUCACCAACACCCCGUCUAAAGGCUUCCACUACGCCGGCAGGACCGUACACAAGUGUCAGCAGUGCACUAAAUACUUCAUCUACCGCUCUGACCUCGUGAAGCACCAGGAAACGCACACCAAGCCCGGGGCGCACGAGUGUCUGCAGUGUGGGCAGGAUUUUGAGGAUUCGACUCAGCUGGCGGCGCACAGGAUCUCCAGCUGCAACACCAGAGUGUUCAAGUGCGUCAAAUGCAGAGCUCACUUCAGAUCCCUCAGGACUCUGUACAAACACAACCGAAUGCACAAAGAGAAAACCACACACAAAUGCCCUGAGUGCGGACGCACGUUCUCAAGCCUCUCCCAGUUAGUCAGCCAUCGGCGCACACACCGAACUCCCGUCGUCAAAAGGAACUACACCUGCAAACUAUGUAACGAGACGUUUGGCUCGUAUAGAGCAAGUCUGAUCCAUCAGAAGAUCCAUAAAGCGGACGCGGCGCGUCCAUCCAAAUCAGAACGACAGCCAGGAAAGUGUCGCUUCUGUGACUUGACGUUCAACAUAGACAGCGAGUUAAGAAGCCACCUGAAGACGCACGCCGAGUUCAGACCGUAUAUCUGCGACCAGUGUGGGAAGUGCUUCUCAGCGAACAGCAGUCUGCUAGCGCACCUCUCCAACCACACCGGAGAAAAGCCGCUUCUGUGCUCGCAGUGCGGCAAACGCUUCUACAGCAAGAUCCAGCUCAAGUCCCACAUGAGGUGUCAUUCAGGAGAGCGUCCGCACAUCUGCCCCUACUGCGAGAAGCAGUUCUCGCUGUCGGGGAACUUGAAGAUCCACAUCCGCAUCCACACCGGGGAGAAGCCGUACGUGUGCCAUCAGUGCGGGAAGGGUUUCGUGUCCGCCGGCUGUUUGCAGGUGCACCUGCGCUCGCACACCGGAGAGAAGCCGUACCAGUGUAAAAUCUGCAUGAAGAAGUUCGUAGUUUCCAGUCACCUGACGGCGCACAUGUGCUUUCACACUGGCGAGCGGCCGCAUUGCUGCGUGCAGUGCGGGAAACGCUUCAUCCGCCGCUACGACUUGAGCAAGCACAUGUACACUCACAUCGGGAAGAGGCCGUUCCCUUGCCCCAUGUGCCCCAAGGCUUAUACCUGCCGCACACACUUGAACAGGCACAUGAAGAGCCACAGCGUUUGAUGAGUAUUAAUAGUAUUAUAUCUAUAUUUUUUAUCGUUUUGUCAUCCCGAGUGCCUUGUCAGGAGCGAAAUUGUACUCGCGAAAUUAAUACGGUGUCAUUUACUCGUGCGCAUCACGACUGGUGUUGAUGUCCAAGCCUUUACACUGUGUUUUUAUUUCUAUCUCUCACUCUGUGAGACAUUUAAAGGGACAGUUCACCCAAUAAUUAAAAAUUGAGUGUCUUCUGUUGAGCACAAAAUAAGAUAAUUCGAAGAAUGUUGAAAAAAAAACUGAUUUCUAUACUAUUGAGGUCAAUUGCUGAAUUUUCUCCUCAACAUUCUACGAAAUAUCUUGUUUUUUUGUUCAACACUACUUGAGUGCGAGUUCUUUUUGUGGCGAACCGUCUCUUUAACGAACGUCUCUUUCAUUUCGACAGUUCAGAGAUGACUACCUCUAUCAAGCUCUGAAAAUGACAGGAAUGUAUGCUCCUCAGUAACGUCUUUAAGUAGCUUAUUUAUUUCUAAUCUUCUACUUCUGAAUCAGUCAGCGACUCGAUUAAAAGCAUUCGGAUUUUUCAUAACUACUUCAUCUGGUUUAUUAUCAAAAGAGCGGCUCUGUAAUCAGACCGGGACUUAAGAUAUUCGAUUGUAAUCUUGCUCCUGAAUUACAGCUUACGUUUAAGUCCGUGUAAAGGGGACCGUUCUGUCAUCAUGUACUCGUUUAUCUCAAACCUAGUUUCUUCCGUCGAACGCAGUUGAAGAUAUUCAGAAGAAUGCUGGCGGAAAAAACAGCCAUUGACUUCCAUAGUAGUUUUAUUCCCGCUAUUAAUGUGACUAAUCCAUCAUUCUUCAAAAUAUCUUCUUUUGUGCUCAACGGAAGAAACUCCAGUUUAGUGAGUUUAAUGAGUACACUUUUGGCAGAAUAUUUGCUUUAGUUUUUGCUGAUAUAAGCAUAAUAAAUAACUACACUGUCCCUUGUUUAUUUUUUCCCUGCCUGGUCUAACUCUUGCGAGCUGCUGUUUAGUUGUUUCAACACAAUGGAUUCAUUUUGAAGAACGCUUCAGCAUUUUCUUGCAUUACUAAUGUGUGACAUUGUUUCACGCCGUGGAUCUUUUCUGUAGGGUAUAUCUUUUAGGUUUUCAGAUCCAUUAUUUCUAGAUUCAUUCUCGGUAAGCAGCUGUUAAUAUUGUGCUGAAUGUUAUCGCCUCACACUGAACACAAUAAACGUGUCAACGUAAAGAUGGAGUUACAAA